CCUGGAUUCCACAGCUCGCUUUGCAACCUUCGCAUCUCCUGAGGCUGAGCAGUGACGUUGUCAGGAAACUGUAACCCGGAAGUUGAUGUUAUUCGCGACAUUCGAGGUCAAUCGGAGCUUCAUCCUGCAGCUUGUAGCUGUAACGGAUCCCAGCUAAGCCUUACCACGACCAUGUCUCGUUCCCGCCAACCCCCGCUGGUCACCGGCAUCUCGCCCAACGAGGGCGCACCCUGGACCAAGGUCACCAUCCGGGGGGAGAACCUGGGCACGGGACCCGCGGACCUCAUCGGGCUGUCUAUCUGCGGACACAACUGCCUGCUCACUGCCGAAUGGAUGUCCGGCAGCAAGAUCGUGUGCCGGGUGGGGCCGGCCAAGGACGACAAGGGGGAGAUCAUCGUCUCCACCAAGUCCGGGGGCAACGGGACCUCCACCGUCUCCUUCAAGCUCCUGAAGACCGAGAAAAUAGGUAUUCUGGACCAGUCUGCGGUGUGGGUGGACGAGAUGAACUACUACGACAUGCGCACCGACCGGAACAAGGGCAUCUCCCCCCUGUCCCUGCGCCCAGCCAAUCCGCUCGGCAUUGACAUCGACAAAUCCAAGGUGGCGCAGAAGGACCUGGAGUCCAUGUUCCCGGGAAUGAGCGGAGACUUCACCAGCGAGAACUUCUCGGCCACCUGGUACCUGAUCGAGAACCACUCCAGCACCAGCUUUGAGCAGCUGCGUAUUGCGGCCCAAAACCUGCGGAAACAGGCCAAUAAGAAGAACGACGGCAGCCUGGCCUACGUUAAGGGGGGGCUCAGCACCUUCUUCGAGGCCCAGGACGCGCUGGCAGCCAUUCACCAAAAGCUGGAGGCUGACGGCACGGAGAAAGUGGAGGGGUCCAUGACGCAGAGACUGGAGAACGUCCUGAACCGGGCGAGCGACACGGCGGACACCUUGUUUCAGGAAGUGCUCGGGCGUAAGGACAAGGCCGACUCCACGCGCAACGCCCUGAACGUCCUGCAGCGCUUUAAGUUCCUCUUCAACCUCCCGCUUAACAUCGAGCGCAACAUUCAGAAGGGAGACUACGACGUUGUGAUCAAUGACUACGAGAAGGCCAAGUCUCUGUUUGGGAACACGGAGGUUCCGGUGUUCAGGAAAGUUUACGCUGAAGUAGAAACGCGUAUCACCGCUCUGCGGAGGCUCCUAUUGGACAAGCUCCUGGAGACUCCGUCCACGCUGCACGACCAGAAGCGCUACAUACGGUACCUGUCGGACCUGCACGCCCCAGGUGACCCAGCCUGGCAGUGCAUCGUCGCCCAGCACAAGUGGAUCCUCCAGCUCAUGCAGAACUGCAAGGACAACUACGUCAAGGGCCAGAAAGGGUUGGAUGUGGAGGGUGACCUGCGUCCCUCUGCAGUGACUCGUCUCAGCCAGACAGCGUCGCUGAAGCGAGGGAGCAGCUUCCAGACCCCCGCAGACGCCUCCUGGCGCUUUAAGGGCCCCCAGCAGGUCGUCUUCGCGGAGAGCCUGACCGACGUGGUCGUCAGCCAGCUGCCCAACUUCUGGAAGCUCUGGAUCUCCUACGUCAACGGGAGCCUGUUCAGCGAGACGGGUGAAAAAUCCGGUCAAGUGGAGAAGUCGAAGAAGAACGCCCGGCAGAGGCAGAAUGAUUUCAAGAAGAUGAUUGAGGAGGUGACCCACCGCCUGGUGAAGCUGGUUCGGGGCGCUCUGUUGCCCGCCACCCUGUCAGAGCCGGACCUCAGGGUGUUCGGGGGCUGGGAGGCCAAAACGGUGCUCACUGGCCAAUGGCUGACCCAGGUCAUCCACACUGUCAGGUACCGCACCCGCUUUCCGGUGUGCGUGUGUGUGUCUGUGCGUGAGAGUGUGGCAGGCGCAGGCAGAAUCCCUAACGAUCUGCUGCAGGUGAUCCAGGAUCUGCUGCUGGACCUGCGCGUGCACUGCCUGCUGGUCACUCUGCAGCAGACUGCCGAAGAUGUUAAGAGACUGGCAGAGAAAGAGGACUGGGUUGUGGAUAAUGAGGGAGUCACCUCCUUGGUAAUUAAAUCAUUUUUUACUUUAUUCAUUUAUUUUCCUGUGUGCAGCGCAUGCGUGCAGGGCCGCUGCAGGGAGGCCAUGGAGUGCAAGCCUGGAGAAAUCAAUAUCUUUCAGCUGGAGAGAGUUCAGGACAAAGCUUGUGAACUCUGCGUGGGCAUAAUGAAGGGGUUCAUAAAUGGCCUGGAGCAGUUGAGUACCAAAGCGGCCAGUGACACUUCACACCUGCCUGGGGACCUUGCCUCUCCAGACCACUUCAGAGUGCAAGAGGAUUUUAGCCCAACACUGGAGCAGCGUCUGCUGAUCAUCCUGAGUAACUGCCAGCACCUGGAGAGGCACACCUUCCUCAACCUGGCCGAUCACUUCGAGAAGCACGGCUUCCUGGGGACGGAGAAGAUCACCCGGGUCAGCAUCGAGGCGGUGAGGGAGCUGGACGAGCGGCUCUUCGAGACGUACAUCGAGAAGAAGGCCGACCCCAUCGUCGGGUCGCUGGAGCCCGGCGUCUACGCGGGAUAUUUCGACUGGAGGGACUGCUCACCCCCGACAGGGGUAAGAAACUAUCUGAAGGAAGCUUUGGUGAACAUCAUCACAGUUCACGCGGAGGUCUUCACUGUGUCCAAAGAGCUGGUGUCACGCGUCCUGUCCCGCAUCGUGGAGUCCGUCGCCGAGGAGAUGAGCCGCCUCAUGCAGUGUGUGUCCUCUUUCAGCAAGAACGGAGCGCUGCAGGCACGGCUGGAGAUCUGCGCGCUCAGAGAUGCCAUAGCCUCGUACCUGACAGCCGAGAGCAACGCCAGCUUCAAGCAGGCUCUGGAGGCCCUCCCUCAGCUUCACAGCGGAGCGGAUAAGAAGCUCCUGGAGGAGCUCCUGAACACCUUCAAGAGCAGCAUGCACCUGCAGCUGGCCUGUUUCCAGCCCUCCUCCGUCCUGCCCGUGAAGAGAUGAGCGUGUCCGUACACCGCCAAAAACAUGGCCGACACAUCGCCCUUCCUGCUCCUGCCAUCCUGGCGGGGAAGAGCUGAGUGUGUCCGUACAUCCGCCAACAUCGCCAACUUCUCCCUUCCUGCUCGGUUUAGAGCCACUCUUACUAAGCUGUGGGAAUAAAGUACAGCGCUGACAUCACUGUCAUGUCAUUUUCUUUUCUUUUUUAUGUAUUACACAUUUCAAUCUGUUUUUGCAUUGCAAAGCAUUACCUGGUUAAUGUAUUGGAAAAUGUAUGAAUAUGACUACUAAUAUGAGUUUUUUUGUCAUAAGAAAUUAAAUGAAAACAUGUAUGUGGAGCAGUGGAUCCUUAAAUUGCUGUUUUUCUCGUUUCUUUUUCUGAAUGUCACUCUUAAAAACAUAAAACCACCUGCACUUUAAAACUGCAAAACUAAAGUUCAAGUCGGUCAGUUCAGACCUUACAAAAUACACAGCUUUAAAGUUCAAGCUUUUUUGUGUAUCCUGUUAUUGUCAGGAUUUUCAUCAGUUUUAUGAGCCUCAUUUCAUCCAAAUAUGCCUCUACAUUGAUAAUUACGUUGUUUUACUGUCUUUAAGUAUGAAAUAAUAAAAAUAACACUUUCGUUGUGAA